GUGUCUUACGUGUCACCGCGUCAUGGAGACAGAAACACCUUAACAACCUAUGUGUCAGCAUCACGUGAAGCAUGCAUUAUUCAAACAAAUCCAAACUUCCCUCCCUCAAAACCAUGUAUAAAUGGCUUUCAGAAGCUUUGUCUUCAUCAAGCACCCAAGUGAAUAACACAUUUCUAUUGCAAAACUAAGCUUGCUAAAAAAAAAAAAAAAAAAAAAAAAAAAAAAAAAAAAAAGAGAAAAAAAAAAGGGAUAAAUAUUUCGGGGUAGAAGAUGGAUAGGUUAAGGGAUGAGUAUGGGAAACCAGUUCGCCAAACCGAUGAAUACGGGAACCCAGUUCGCCAAACCGAUGAGUACCCGGUUCAGAAUCAGUACUCUGCAGGUACCAUGGGUGCAUAUGAUAUAGGUGCAAUAGGAGCAGACAAGUAUGCAGGUGGUACAGAUGCUGGAGUUCCUGGUUAUGAUCCUGGCUAUGGGGCACCAGGAGUUGGCACUGGUACGGGAACUGCCUAUCAAGGUGACAGGUAUGACACAGGAACUGGAGCACGCUAUGACAUGGGAUUGGGCGCUGGAACUAGAACUGGAACCGGUGAAACAGGAAUGGGCACCAGAACCCACGGCGGCAAUUACGAUACUGGUGUUGUUGAUAUGGGUGGUACCCAACUUCAACAUCAAAAACAACAUGAAAGUGGUCUUACUGGUAUGCUCCACCGCUCUGGGAGCUCAAGCUCUAGCUCUUCUGAGGAUGAUGGAGAAGGUGGGAGAAGGAAGAAGAAGGGGCUGAAGGAGAAGAUCAAGGAUAAACUACCAGGCGGUGGACGAAAGAAAGAUGAAUAUGGCUCAACAGCGACUACUGGAAGUGAUCCACAUGGCCACAGUGGCUACGGGCAGCCAGAGAAGAAAGGAAUUAUGGAAAAGAUCAAGGAAAAGCUACCUGGUGGUCACUAAAUAAUUUAACUCACGUACAUCUUUGUACUGCUUAAACACCUCUGUUAUCUUUAAUGUUGUUCCUUUUUCCAUGUAGAAAUCUGAAAUAUGUAAUGCACUAUGUAUCAGCAGCACCUCUAUUUUCUGAA